UGGAUAAGUUUCUGAUGGCAUCCGAGUCAGAGGAGUAGGUGAUGACUAAGCUUUGAUAUUCAUUGGCGAAGUCAACGCUUGCUGCUAUCGUGCACAACGAUGUCCAAACUGUCGUUCACUGUUCGCAAACCCCCAGCAGCCGACGACGACAGAGCCAGCGAGAAAUUCAAGCUCUCAGCGCUUCCUCGUCACCUCUCCAGUGCCGCAAGCUCUGCUUCUGGCACCCCACUCACAGGUUCUCCUCGUACUUUCAGUUCUCGGGAGGAUUCCGACGACCAAGAGGAGAGCGGGAUUGUGUUUGCUGAUGGCGGGCGUAAAGAUGAGCCGGACUCUAGUGAUGAUGAAGACGACCGCCUUGAGGACGAGCUUGUCACUUCUUUCAACAAGUUUGGUGCACAGCGUGUAAAUGGAAAAAAGCCCAAGACCAAAGCCCCUACGGGCCCUCUUGUCAUUCCUUCGAAACCAAAUCCUGACUGGCGGGAGGCAGCACGGAAACGUCGUGCAGGUGCUGCACGAUUCAUCCCUGACUCUGCAAAAGCGAGUACAGGUGCAGACGGGAGCGUUGGAGGGCUUGGCACGCGCGAUACCAUCAACUCCGGCCCCCAACUCUCAGGCAUCCAGUUUGGGGACAAGAAAGUCAAAAUUGAUACAAGCACGAUAUCUACUGACGAAGAGUUAAACAUGACAGCAGAGGAACAUGUGAAAGUAGAUGUUGUAGAAGAGACGGAAGACCAAAAAGCCCUUCGUGCGCUGCUGGAUGGGGAUAUAGACUCUACGCCUCAGAUCGAUUCUAUUCCCGUUCCUCCCAGUGAGACUGACGCCCUGCAACAAGACGUCGCUGAUCUUCCGGAUGUUGCUACUAUCGAUGACUAUGCGCGUGUGCCGAUUACCGCGUUUGGAGCUGCUAUGCUCCGCGGUAUGGGUUGGGUGGACGGCGGGGCUGUUACAAGCUCAGAAAGGGCGAAAAAGAAUGCGUUGGUGGAGCCUUACUUGCCGAAAUCACGCCCUGCACUCUUGGGUAUUGGAGCAAAGGAGCAAGAGGUGCUGGAUGACGGUAGUAAGAAGAAGAAACGGAGAGGAGACGAGAAGCGUUAUAUCCCGCUUGAAAGCAGGAAUGGGAGCGCGACUGUUUCUAGGAGGGCGUCGCGGUCACCCGAAAGAAGGAGCGGAGGGGAGAGUAGUCGGAGGGAUGACGAUCGUGAGAGGAGGAGGGGUGAUAGAAGGAGGGAAGAUGACCGUGACACUAGGAGAGAAAGUGAUCACGAUAGGCGACGAGAACGCGACCGUGACGAUCGAGGUGACAGAGACCGAGGUGACAGGAGGAGAAGAGACGAUAGUAGAAGGGACAGCGACAGGGACUUGGACCGGAGGGACCGAGAUCGCGACGUCGAUAAACGUCGUGACAGAGUCCGGGACUACGAUGACCGCGAUCGACACAGGGACGGAGAGAGUAAACGGGGAGGACGGGACGGACGAGAUUAAUAACGGUACCAUAAAGCCCUUCAUUAGGACUGAUUAUUGUCGUAGGUCAAUGCUAUAUCUGUGUAUUGUGAUAUCUUGUGCUGAACACGCUGAGAGACGAGGCUUUGCACAACACUAGCUCCACAAUACACCCUGCCAUCUCUGUUCGAAGAUGACAUUCGGACGUCGAUCUCCUCGCUCCAACAUGUCAUGACCGUAGAUUCUGUUCUGAAACUUUACUGCCUUGCUUGACAACCUGAACGCUUCUUAUUUCGCAAACUGCAGACUGCAUCUGCCUUGCAU